AGGACGCCAGCCCCCGAGCCGGAGGCGGAGGUCUGCAUCGGCCUCGAGAGGAUGGCGGACGAGCAGCCGCGGCUGAGGCGCGAGCUGCGCCAGGCGAGCGUCACCUUCGACCCGUUCGUCAGCUUGCCGAGGUUCGUGGACGACGGCACCCUCGAGACCCGACUGCGCUGGGAGGCCACGAAGCCGGGCCGGCUGAAAGCGCUGCUGGACGCCAACGCGGGCCAGCCGGCGCAUGCCUUGCUGCUGCAGAAGAUCGAGGAGCUGGGUCUGCUCGCCGCCGCGCAGCGGGAGGCCCGCCUCGCGGGCGGCCGCGGCGCCGCCCCCGCCGGGGACGCGCCCCACUGGGCGCCGUUCGGGGGCAAGGACGCCGCUGGCCUCCUCUUCGGGCUGCUUGCGCGGGUCGGCGGCGCCGGGGGCUGAGGGCCCCCUCGCGCGGCGCCCGCGGCCCGGCGCCCGCGCCGCUGCCCACGGCAGCCCUCGACUGGACGUAAGAGUGACCUUUCGCCGGAGCAGGAGGAGCAGGAGGAGCAGGGAGGAGGAGGCGUCGAGAGCAGCGAUGCUGCUCGAGCGCCCGCCUUGCGCCGCGGGGGGACCGAAGCCCGCGGUCCAAUGGCCUGGCGCCCGCGGCGCCCACGCCAGCCCGCGGUCCAAGACUCCAGGCGUGUUGCACAGUCGUGUGUUUAUUCUGGGCAUGCGUGAUCAAAUUUGCG